UUCGUGACUCGUGACUUGGCAUUUGCCUGCAAUACUUCUUGCUUCGUAGAGCGGAAGGUGGGAUCCGCAUUCGACUUCGAGCGGUCGGUAUGCCAGCCCUUCGGUCCUCGAAGCUGCAAGGAACUGUUGUACUUCCAGUUUGCCAAGAGGAACGUGGGCAGGGCAAUCUCAGAUCAUAUGUGCCAAGGAUUGAGGAGGUCAGGCCGGCAGACAAGAUCGCUGAGCCUACGGGCACUUCUGGACACACAGUUGCUUGGUUUGUGCAAGCUGCACAAGGGCAGCAGUUUGUGGUUUGCCCGAUGCUAAGCUUCUUUGUAGAGCACUCCAUCGCGAUCAAGGUUGAGUCAGUCUUGCCCUGCGCGCAGCAAGUUGCCAGCUCUCCGAUGAAGUCCGUGAAAGUGGCUGGCCAAUGGUAUCAAGGCCGCUGCGCAGCUGAGAGGACCGUCGCAGUAAUCUUGUCUACUUCCUGUACCUCUUCAUUCACGGUACAAGCUGUAGAGGGAAGUGCCAGGUUGGGGCGAUGCUGUACAGAGGCAUGGGUUGCAAAGAGCGUCGAUGGCAUUCCCGUGGUUGAUGUGACUCAGUUGACUGCCCUUGUUGGAAGGACCCUGAUCCUGCAACGUCCACAUGAGAGGGUCUAUGUGUUAAGGAGUCCUGAAGAGCAAUUGAGCCGACUCUUGGUGGAUCUCUCGGCUGAGUGUGGCGUGCGGCUCUUGGCAGCGCCUGCAGCACAUGGUGCUGUGGCCCUUCUGGGAUGCAAAGGCCUAGUGCCGUCCGAAGUCUUUUCACAAAUCGAAGCAAGGUUUUCGGUGGUCUUCUCGCAGUCUGCAGAGACCAUCCCAGCAACAGAGGCCACAGAAGCAGUCCUGAGGCGGCUCAUUGCAUUCGGAGCAAAGCAUGCUUUGUGCCAAGACAGUUGGCAGUCAGUGGAACAUCCCUAUCGGCUCUUCCAAACACAAACAGCCUCAGCCAUGGAGGUCUUGCAACGGCCAUCGCUUCGCAUGCCCUGUGUGGAUGUCACUUGCGUGAGGGCAACUGCUACGCAACAAAAGAUCGUGGCUGAGCUUUGCCUAUCUCCAGCCGUUCGUCUCAUCCAGCCUCUUGCUACCUUCCUCACCCGGGCUGCCCAGUCCCCAGAUCUGGCAGGGCGAUUUCGUCUCGAGGGCUCCAAGGCAGUCUUCAGGCCGGUGACGCAUGUGUUGCCUCGGCUGACGCCAGCUGAAGUCACACAUGUUUGGACCAAUGGCUUCCUUCCCACCAUGCAGCUGCCUGUGGAGUUGCAAAGCAAGGAAGCAUUUGUGGAGUACUGGCGACUGAUCCAUGGCCUGCGCUUGACAGAUGCAGAGCUCUCUACCUUUGCUCGUGUGGAGUUUUCCUCGUAUGAGAAGUACUCUGGCCUCGUCCUCACAUACCCGGUGGCUUGUCUUUGGCGGACUCCCUGGACGGAGCAGCCUGCCUUGAGCAGGCAACAUGGACCAAGUAUUUUGAAGCAAGUUCUGCAGAGCUUGGAACAGCACAGUGCUUUUGCGUCGGAGAUUGUAUGUCAAGAGACUGCAGAUCCAUUGUCAUUGCACCUGGCACCUGAAGAGUCAUUGAAACCUAUGAAGCUUCCACAGUCUCAAUCUGUCCCUGCGAAGCCAGAGAGCUCUGAAAGUGCCAGACCUGCCAGAGGGAAGCGGCGCCUGAUCUUGCCCAUCUUGCAGGCUCCCUCGAGAGAUUCGAACUCCAGGAGACGCUUGGGCUGAAUUCACUCAAUUCCAAAUGCCUUUAAAGUUUAAAGCACAUUCGUAUCGUGAUGCAUGGUGGCAUGGUGCAUGCUGGGUUGAUUUGCGCAUGCUCGGGAU